GAAGAUGAAGGAAAAUGAGAUCGUUGCAAAAAUAAAGUUAGCUCAAGAAUGUAGGCACGAGAUUUAAGAUACUUCAUAUUCUCUUAUAUUUUAUUUCAGUAUAUGUAUAUGUGUAUGAACUCUAACACACUAUGUAAUUAUAGUAUUCUCUAAAGCCCCUCAGUUGAUUAUAUAUGAGGAAUCUUUCAAAAUGAAUGUUAUUUAUAUGGCUCCCAAUGCCUCGAAUGUUGUGAAUUUUUAUCAUUAUUUUGUACAUUAAUUUUUACAGCAUGUUUCCAUACAUUAUUAUAUUCAUUUCGUUUUUUUCAUGGGCUCUGACUGCUGGUCUACUCACUGCUAAUGCAAAACUAUAUGCAAAAGGUACAGUCUCUUAUGUUGAAUUGCUACUUGGAUAUCUCACAGUGAACAAUACAAUUUACUUUGCAGCUGAUGCAAACUCCCAGAUCACAUUCAAUGUAGAUAAUGAUACUUCAGCUCUUUAUACCAACGAUGGUAAAUAUUGUAUUGUUCUGAACACUACUUUCUUCAAUUUUGCUGAUACUCCUGGUGCACCAUCAUUUCAAAUAGUAUCUGCAGAUGACCGUCUCCAGCUCACUUACAACAACGGUGGAGAUAUAUAUUUAUGUGCAUCAAAAUCCUUUGACAGUGAAGUACUUGCUACUACUGUGGCUGUUAUUCCUGCACUUUGCGAAAUUGCUUACUUGUACUUUGAUGAUGGAGCUGUUCUUGUUAACCCCCCUACUGAACCAACUGAACCUACUGAACCAACUGAUCCUACUGAUCCUACUGAUCCUACUGAUCCUACCGAUCCUACUGAUCCUACUGAUCCUACUGAUCCUACUGAUCCUACUGAUCCUACUGAUCCUACUGAUCCUACUGAUCCUACUGAUCCUACUGAUCCUACUGAUCCUACUGAUCCUACUGAUCCUACUGAUCCUACUGAUCCUACUGAUCCUACUGAUCCUACUGAUCCUACUGAUCCUACUGAUCCUACUGAUCCUACUGAUCCUACUGAUCCUACUGAUCCUACUGAACCAACUGAACCAACUGAUCCUACUGAAGAACCUACCGAACCAACUGAACCAACUGAACCAACGGAACCAACUGAACCAACUGAUGAACCUACCGAAACCAGCGAACCUGUUGAAGAUAUUGAAAUUCCUGAGGGAGUGGAGCCUGCUCCGCUUGUCGCUGUUAGUGAAAAUGGUAUCAGAAUAUCAUUAAGGACUCUUGAAGUUUUAGAAAACGCAAAUGAUAGUGCUUCUGGCAUCCUGAAACGUGAAGACAGUAUAGCAGUUCCAGAAGUUACUUAUUUGGUGAUUGGAACUGAUGAUGAUUCUGCAUUUUACAUCCUCGAUGGCAAGCUUUACAAUAUAGAAGGUCUUGUGGCCGGUAAUGAACACUCGACAUUUAUUACCUUUGCAUCCGAGGGAGGAUUAACAGGAUUCGAUAUCUCUGAAGAUGGCGAUUUAUAUUUCAGAGGAGAUGACACAUUCUAUUAUUGCUAUUUGGAUGGAGGAAAUACUACUUUCAGAGCAAUUUCCCUUGAAGAUGUCGGAUCUUGUAAUGACACUUCACUUAUAUUAGAAGAUAUUAGUGCUGAGGAAGAGGAAGAGGAAGUUUCUACGUGGAUCACUACUGUUUUUCUCCUCACUGAAACUAGUACUAUAACCGAAUGUCCAUCAACAGUGACCGAUUGUCCAGACUUCUCCACAAUCGUCCAUACUAUUACUACAACAUACUGUCCGGACACAGAACCUGGUCCAUAUACAAUCACUUUAUAUGCAGCAGUAGAAACCGGAGACGAAAGUGAAAUUGAAACUCGUACAUUUAUAACUACAAUAUGUGAUACGGUAUGCGAGACAGCACUUUCUUCUUCUGUCCAACCAGGUUCCAUGACAGCAGAGAUCUCUAUUUUUGAUAGUGCUGGUACUUUAACUAGUUGGUUUGGGUUUUCUAUUGCGGCUUGUCUUGUAUUUUUACUUUGAUUCGUACUUUUUUUUGAUUCUUUAAAUAUAAUAAAAGAUUUUUAAUACACUCUAAAAUUUCCUUGUUUCUUUAAUUUAAUGAUUUUUUACAUGAAAGUUGUAUUUCAAUUUUUCUAAAAGGUCGUUUUGAAUAUAAUCAAUAACUUUAACUAAAUUCUCUGCCGCUUAUGAAAGCUUUAGUUACAUACAAGGAUUCACGAAACAUUAUGAUUAGAUUAAUGCUAGUUGCAAUGUAAUAGUAUUUGAAUUUUCUUAGUUGUAUUUACAGAAUCAUGUUUACAUCCUUAAAAGAUUCCAACUUUAAAAUUAAGGCAUCUUGUUUUUUCUUUAUCUUCUCUAGUUUCCAAAACUGGAAUCUUUUUUCUCAAUAUACUUCUGCUACUAACUGUGA